GGAGCAGGCGCGGCAAAUUUGGCUCAUGAGCGGGUGCCAAGGGUGCUCGACGCGGCCGUGCCAUGUCUGCCGCAAGUGUAUCUUUCGUCAUUGCCAGUGCGGCCUCAAACGCGCACCAGUCUGCGUCGAAUCACAGGCGUGUCAGUGCGUGACGCUCUCCCGUUGCCGGCGCUGCCAUGGGUGCACAGGACGCGCCGCGAGCCAUUGCCGCUGCGACGCACACGCCAAGCACGAGUGCCUCUGCGAAGAGCUACGUGCGAUGGAGACAGACGAGAGAGCUGACGAAGACGAAGCCGAACGGCAGCGCGUCAAUUGGCGCCAUGCGCUUCCGACCGUCGCGUCGCACUUGAGCGAUCGGAGUGCCACCAUGGACUCGCGGCUGUUGUACAAGAUGGUGCUGCGCCCAGGUGCAGGCCCGCGCGAGAUCCUACCACCAUCCGGCCGUCGCGGCACGCAGCAAGACACGUAUCUUGCGUCCGUCGACCUCGACCCCACGACCGUCCCCCCGACCGUGGCGCUCCGCUCGCACGCCGAUACGAUCUUUGCGCGAGGCAUGGACAAUUUUCAGUACGCUAGCGCCCAGGAGGCGGCCAUGCCGUCCGAAGAUCUCGUCGAUUACGUUGUGCACACGGCGAGUCUCAAGGCCGUCGACGUCCCCGAGCUCUGGGGAUCGCUCGACGCGUCCGCGGCCAUCGUCGCGGCCAUUGUCGCCGACGAGUACACGCGACAGCUCGUCGACGAAUACGUGGCAGCAGACCAAACCUUUCCGUUAACGAGUCAGGACGCGCUCGUCGAGUGCAUAUACGAACUGCUCAAUGGCGCCGAGGGCAGUCCAGAUGCAUGGGCCGACCUGGCGAGUGGCAUCGAGUCGGAGGUGCGUGCCAUCUUUGGAGACGACCAGCUCGCGCCGUACGAUGUUCCGCAGCUCAUUGCCACCGCGAUGCAGCCACUCAAAGACGCGUCGAGCACCGACGCCGACGACGCCGCCUGGGUAGCGUGGAAGGACGAGCGGGUGCGCGCUGGCCUCGAGGCGCUGCAAAAUGGCGCCAUCAUGUCGCCCGACGGCAUCCACGUCGAUACGACCCGCCGGACGCCGUCGUACUGGUUCUGCGUCGCCGUGCCCCACGGGAAGACGACCGAGAGCCUCUCGUCGGCGCGGUACCCGAGCUACCGUCUCGCGUUUGAAACCAAGCUCGGCCUCGAGCAGCGCAUUCGCCUUGUCGAAGACGCUCAACAGUUGGAUGGAUCGGCAAGGCCGCCGAUGGCGCCAACGCCGACGCUGCCGAGCUCGACCGAGCACCCGUGGCCCGCUGUGCUAAGCCCCGUGCCCAUGCCAUCGACCGCCGACGUCGACCCGUUCCCGCAUGUCAAGCAAGUGCUCGCUAAAGUGGCGCUCACAAGGAGGCGCUUGACGCCUGACCAAGCCAUGGCGAUCGCCGCGCAGAAAGAACUCGCCCAGCGCAACGCGCGCGAGCAGCCCGAUCCGUCACUGUACAUACCUCAAACGCAGAAUAAGCGCAAAGCAGCGCCAAAGCGACCCGCCCCCAAGCGGCCCAAACGACCCAAGCCGGUUGUAGCGUCGCCCAACGCGGAGGUGAACCAAGACAACGACGACGCAACGGCUGGCAGCGACGAUGUCACCAAUGCCACGGACAACCAUGAACCAGACGACGGCGCUCACUUAGAGCAACCGAACACGGAAGCCGUCACUGUGAACACCGAGAUACCAGCUGCGGUCCCAGACCUGGACGCGGCCGCGCGGCGAGAAGCACUGGCCGACGUAGCGAGCCCACAGAGCGAUAGCACCGCGCCAAACACGUCUUCAGUGGUAGCUUUGCUCGUCUUACCAGACGCCAAAGAGCCCACCGAUGUCGCGGCCAUGGACAACGACAGCGACGAUGACGACGAGGAAGACGACGAUGCGACCGUCGAAUUUUGGUGUCCCAAGUGCAGCAACGAUGUGCUGCAUCGGACCAAGGCGUCGCGGCGCUGCGAGUACUUUGUGCGAUGGCGGAUGCGGAAAAUCCAAAACGGUAGCGCGCCGCAACUGCUCACGACGAUGCACGAUUCGCCCGAGACCUUUUUGGCGAUCGUCGAAGGCCUGCCGUCGGCGUCGGGCCUCAUUUACAUCUAAUGACGAGCCAAUACACGCUGUGGCAACAAAGCGAGGUGGAGACGUAUGACGCAAUAGGACGGACGUGCUGCUUAACGAUCAUCGCAUGCAUUGCUUCAUCUUGUUC